AUGUCCAUCGUCGACUGCGCAUCGCACCUGCGAGACAUCUUCAACAACACUGUGCCAGCAUUUGAAACAGAUCCUGAUACUAUCAAGUACCUAGCGCCACUACUUAAAGAGUAUAAAAGCAUCGUGCAAGCAAUUGAUGAGAUGAAACAGAUCCUGACUUGCAGAAUUUGCGCAGCUGAAGCCGAACAGCAAAUUCUGAAGGCAGAACUAGAGCAAAUAGACCCAUCCUAUCAUGAAAGAUUUUCUCCCAAGGUUCUUCAGGCUGCGCGAUCUCUAUCAACAAUUGUCUCAAAGCUUGCCACCACAGCGUCUUCAAAUAGCAUAUCACCUAGUAGGCCUUAUGGGAGUGAGAUUGUAAGCCAGCUUACUGUCCUAGAACUAGAGCUGUUGUUCUUCGAAGCCCAGCUGACAGAAAUAGAUGGGAAGCAGGAGCAAAUGAGGAAAGUCUUGCAGAGUUUACACCAACAGCGCAAGAAGCUUAAUGAGUUUAAUAACGGAACACACUUGGAAAACAUACUUCUUCAUGAGCAGAAACAGAUUGGCACGUUGGCAGAGAUAGAGCAAACAACUGCCAAUCUGGAACAGUCCAUGGCUGUAUUGGAGGCCAGGCUGCAGUCCUUUGGAGCUAAUAUGGAUCAUUUUAACAUAGAGGCUCUUGCAAAGGGCACACAGGAGCUCGCCGCGACACAACAAAGGAUUACGGAGAUGCUUGCAACCCCCGAAUAUGAUGCGAUUGCAGGCAUCCCACAAGUGAGUCCUAAGGAGCUGGACGCGGAGAUAGAGCGCAUAAGGGGAGAGCUUAACGAACUUAUUGAGCAACUUGAAGAGGUGUAG